AGCCUCUCCAGUGAAGUAUAUGUACAAUCCAGUGAAGACUAUAAAGAGCAACACCAUAGGAACCAUUAAUGUACUAGGUUUGGCUAAGAGAGUGAAGGCUAGAGUCCUCUUUGCAUCAACAUCAGAAAUAUACGGAGACCCUGAAGAGCAUCCCCAGAAGGAGACCUAUUGGGGUCAUGUUAAUACGAUUGGUCCCAGAGCUUGUUACGAUGAGAGCAAGAGAGUGGCAGAGACCCUCAUGUACGCCUACUCUAAGAGAGACCAUAUUGAUGUACGAGUGGCAAGGAUAUUCAAUACUUAUGGCCCCAGGAUGCACAUGUAUGAUGGUAAGAUCUGCUGUUACAAUAUGAGAUACUGUUAUUGUGUUACCACGUAUUCGUGGCCCAAAAUUUUCGUGAAUUUUGCAUUUUUAACGACCUGGGGGCAUAGCCCCCAGGUCGUUC